AUGGGAUGGGGGGGUGGGGGGGUGUAUGGGGAGAAGAAGGAUAAGAGUAUGGGUGGGAGGAAUAUGAAGGGUGUUAAAAGGAGGAAUAAGGGUGGUGAAAAGAUUUGGGGAGAAGGGGUGAAGGGGAUUUUUGGGAAAGGUUUUGGGGUGGUUGGAGUGUGGGUGGUAGUGGGGAUUGUGGGGGGAGGUGGUGGUUUUUUAUUGAGUGGGGUGUUUGAUUGGUUGGUAAGGAUGAGAUUGGGGUGUAGGGGAGUGGAGAAGGAUGAGUUGGAAGUCUAG